CAACAUUGCUCGUGCCCUGAUCCCUCAGAUACGCGCUUCAGCACCUGCGUCGACAUCCUAACGUCAUCCACCCGGCUACGAUGUUACGUACGCGAACUCGCACUGACAUCCCAACGCCAGGAGUGCUUCAGGAUUCCCGGAGAGCAUGUAGAGCUGGAGAAGCUAGACAUGUCAACCCUCGUGGUUGUUAUAAACCUCCUUCCUGGUCUUGAUUGCCUCCACCUCGAACGUUGCGCCUUACGCCCCGAAGCACGAUCUCCCGAUGCUACGCUACCGAGACAAUCCGCAUCGUUUGCUCUUACUGAACCCUCGUUCAAUCUGAACGAAGUUAUCUUUCGGGACCUAGCAGACAAGGCAUCCGUUGAAGCAAUGGCCGAUAUCUUCUCGUACUUCCAACGCAUCGGAAAGCUCACCAUCAGCGGCAUCAGUCGCUGGCAUCGAGAUAGUCAUAGGCCCUUGUCUUUCUCCCUUUCGCCUUCCGCACCCAUUGUUGAGACGCUGGUGCUCGACAACGUGGACGAGGGAGAAGUGGUCACUGCGCUUUGUCGUGAGCUGCGGGCGCACGCGGGCUCUACAGCAGUCCAGCACGUCGUCGUCGACCGUUUGACACUAGAACUGCUCGACUUCAUCUGCGCAAUGCCGAACCUGGAGUCGGUCAGCUACGUCGCCAGAGGUUUUACUCCCCCGGUCGUCGCGGGACGUCACCACGCCAAGUUACGCAGGGUCACGUUCAUCGUCCCUCUCUGGCUCCGACCCAAAUCUGGCUCCUAUGCGUCCCCCGUGCGCUGUCUCACCGCGCAUGUACGAACGCUGUCCGUCUUCAACGCGUCCGAGGUCGCUAUCGGUUUCAGCCUGUCUGUCGAUGACACGCCGGAGGGAGACGAAAAUUUUGAUGCCGACACCGCUGCGGAGUGUGCUCUUAGCCAAGUCGGCCCAGAGUUGCAGGCCAUAGGCGAAGCGUUGGAGACCUACGGGUCACUACGAGCUCUGGUGCUUGAGAUUCGCAACUUUACACCGGCCCAAGAUAGUUUCUGCGUUACAUGUUUGGGGGAGGCGGCCGCCCGUCACAUACCCCGCAAGUAUGUUGGGAUGCUUCGUAUCGAGUCUACCAAGAGAUACUAG